UUUCUCUGAUACGCGUGUAAACGGCGCAGAAGACCCGAGAUUACCGCAUGAAUGCCUGUUUUCAAGAGAGAAAUAGCCCACAACUGUUUGGCUUUCAUGAGUGGCAAGAGUUUAUUUUGUUUGUCUACCGACCCGGGAGAUGUUAGGGAAUGAGAGGGGAGAGUUUUGUCCUUUAGUCCCAGAAAAACCCGACGCGUGAAAUAAAGAUAUAAGCUAUCUGUUGCAUUUUGUCUGCAGCGCCGAGAGAGAAAGCUAACCAGUUAGCAUCACAGUAGACUGUCUAGUGGAGAACCGACUUUAUAUUUGAGUAGAAAACAUAAACUGUUCCGCUAAAGGGAUGAAUAAGCGAGAAGGUGAGGGAUGGUCUCGGAGAAAUGCUGAAGCUGCACAGGAGCGGGACGUGCACGCCAACUCGGCCUCGCCGGUCAUCGCUGCCUUUAAAGUUUUCCAGCAGGAGCUCGACACCAGGCACGACAAGCACGAGCGUCUCGUUAAGAUCAGCCGAGACGUCACCAUUGAAAGCAAGAGGGCCAUUUUUCUUUUGCACAGAGUGACCAGCGUCCCCGAUGCAGAGCGCCCCCCGAUUCUGAACGAGGCCGAGGGCAAACUGGAGGGAGUCAGACAGAAGAUUGGCCAAAUUGCAGAGGAGCUGAGAGGAGAGGAUAUUUUUCAGUUUCACAGAGCCUUCACUGCAGGAAUCCAGGAGUACGUGGAGGCCGUCUCCUUCCUGCACUACAUCCGUCACCGCGCCAUCAUCAGCCUGGAGGAGAUCAACGCCAGGCUCGUCAUGAAAGCGGAGAACCCGGAUCCGAAG